CGAUGGCCGGACACGGGGCAUUUCUUCUCGUCACGUUGAUCUCUAUGCUCAGUCUGGCUGCAGGUGAAGAAGCCUACCUGACUUCCCUCCAGGGAUGGGCCUACUACAAGGUUCGUGCGUCAGGCACGAUGACGUCAUCGAACAUCAAGAGCACGUGUGAAGCAGCUGGGUACAUCAUGCCCUGCCCAGCGGAGCCGACAUGUCCAUCUAUGUCCUCGGCUUGUGUGAACACAGGUCUGGGGACAUGUAGCUGGCCAAUGGACGGAAUCUCCCGGGUUCUGUGUGCAAACAACCCAUUACAAUGCCCUGUAAUGGACGGCAUAUUUGCUUAUUACACUAGUUUCCGCGGUCAGGCCAUCGGUGCCUACUCAGGCAACAACCAGUACUUCCAUGGCGCAGACUACAGCAAUCGGUUCGCCUUAUGUGCAAAGGAUAUCGAAGGGUGCGCCUCGGAUCCCUGUCACCAUGGCGGUACCUGUGUGGACGGAGUCAACUCCUACACCUGUCGGUGUGUGCCUGGCUUCACCGGAGACGACUGUGAGAAUGACAUUGAUGAAUGUGUGGAGGGUACGCAUGCAUGUCUGAACGGCGCCACCUGUCUGAACACACCUGGGAACUACAGCUGCACCUGUAGAGAUGGCUGGACCGGUCGGAACUGUGAAACAGUUCUGAACUCCGACAAAUGUUUCCAACUGUCGGAGGAGCCCAAACCCCACCGUCUAGCCGAGGGAUAUUGCGCCCUUCGGGGAGGAGCUCUGGCCGGAGUGAAGACCGUUGCUGAGCAGGAGUUUCUGACCGGUGAGAUCCGCCUGGGGACGGACGUGUCCCACUGGAUCGGUCUCAAAAACGGCCCGGAGCACUUCCUAUACACCGACCUCUCCACCAUGAGCUCCCAACUACGCUGGAUGCCCGGCAAGCCCGAGAAUCUGUGUGCCCUGCUGGACAAGAACGGCAACUACGACCUGAACGCUGACUUCUGUACUGAACAGUACAACUACGUCUGCGAGUCUGAUGUGGUCACCUGCAAGCAGAACGUCUGCCUGAACGGAGGCAACUGCACCGCCUGCUUCAACGAGAAUUACGCUUACUGUGACUGCGCACCAGGCUUCGUAGGAGACCACUGUGAGAUCAAUAUCGACGAGUGCGCCUCGGAUCCCUGUCAAUAUGGCGGCACGUGUGUGGAUGGAGUCAACUCAUACACCUGUCAUUGUGUGCCUGGAUUCACCGGAGAUGACUGCGAAAAUGACGUUGAUCUCUGCGCCAACAACCCCUGUCCUCCAAACUGGGGCUGCGAUGACUUUGGUCACUACUUCAUCUGCAACGGCUAUGGGCGUGUUGACGCAGGCCAGUACCGCUGUAAGAGCUUCUCCUGUCCGUUCGGCUGGUCCUGUCAGGACGUGGGGCAGCUCUCCCUCACGUGUGGCGCACACGCCUAGAGUCCCACAUGGACUCCGCCUAAAGGAGCAGGACUUAAGAAGAGUCGCCCUCCUGUGGAUGCAUCUCACUCCUCCUUCAGCAGCUUCUGAGCUUAGUGCUAUGCUGUUAGCAGAAUUAGUAGCUUUAGAAGAUAGCAAUAAAAGGGUUAAACCUGAA